UGUUGACGUCAACAGCUGCGGCAAGUGUCAUGGUGCGUGACGGUGGUGGUGGUGAGCGACGACCCAACCUUCCUCGCCGCCUUCGCCGAGAGGUCCCUCAAUGGCCGCCUCCUGGUUUGGCCGACGAGGCUCCUCGUCGUCACCCGCCUGCCCCUCCAAGAGCUCCACCACCUACACAAGUUACUCUCCAUGACCAACUCUAUGUUGUUUGUUGUUGACGACACUUUAGAAGAUACGAGGUGUUCGGUGUACAUUCACUUGCCCUAUACAAUCACGGGAACCAAGGCUAUGAAGGUUGCUUCCUGGACGACCCACCAAGGCCUCGCCCUCACCACCCAUCUCCCACUCUUCCCUGACAAAUUUUAUAAAUUCCUUCAUAAGCCAACUCUGUCAGUGGUAGUGGAUCAAAUUCAUAUUAGAGAUAUAGAAGGAGGUACGAAGGACGACAUGUUGAACUUUCUUGCACAAGCAAUAAAUUUCACAUACAAAUACGUGGUUCCACCUGACAACAGUUUCGGCUCCAAGCAGACUGAUGGGUCCUGGUCAGGCUUGAUAGGCAUGGUGGUGAGGGAGGAAGCGGAGUUUUGUGCUGACCCGGUGAGUUUGUCUUUUGCACGGGCUGAAGUGGUGGAUUUUACCAUGCCACUAACUAUACAAUACUCAAGGAUCCUCGCUCGUCGAGGGCGGCCAGAAAUCGACCCGUGGGGCUUCCUGUUCGCACCUCUGGCGCCGUUAGUGUGGGUGGCCAUCCUGACGACAAUGUUGAUGUUGCCAGUCGUGAUGUUCCUCUUGUCUUCUUCAUUCUCUCGAAACGACUAUAAACAUGACAACUGGACAUCGAAUUCCUUCAGUUUAUUUCGUAUCUUACUGCAGCAAGACUACAUGGUGUCUGGAUGGUGGUGGAGGCGUCUUGUGUUCGCUGUUUGGAUGUUAAUGUCACUCGUGCUGGUCAAGAGCUACGCCGGGACUCUCAUGUCCGUACUAGCAGUAAGACACAUCGAACAGCCAUACCAAACCCUUCGUGACCUUUUAGACAGCCCCUCGACAACUAUGAUUUGGCAGAGCAACUCAAAGAAUGUUGAAUAUAUCAAGUCAGUGGAGUCUGGGAUAUACCGUGAAGUGGCCGAAACGGAGUCAAGGGGAGGCAUCAGGUACCAGACAUUGUUUGAGGUCUUCCACAGCGCCGACACCCUGGUGAGGCGAGGCGACCACGUUCUUAUAAACUUCGAGAUCAUCAUUAGUAUGAUCGUUAGCCGAGACGUCUCUAAAACAGGUCGUUGUGACUUCUACUUGUCGAGAGAGAGGUUGCUGCCAUCUGCCUUAGCUCUCAUUGGUCAAAAGAACAGUCCUCUUGUUCCUGUAAUAAGUAGAAUGGUCAUGUCAAUAACUGAAGCUGGGCUGUACUACCAGUGGAUUAAACAACAAAUACCAAACUUCACAACGUGUUCCUUCCCUCCGACUAAGAUCACUGUCAGCACCUCUCUCUCCGUGGAAAACCUUUGGGUAAAAUAUUUAUAUUAUACUCUAUUUAAAAAAAAAUGA